GCGAGCGGAUCCUUUCUCCGGGCGAGAAUGUGGUGGCUAGAGAGAGCCGAUCUGCUCAAGAGGGGCGCCUCUGGCGCCCACCAGCUGGGGACGUAUCCGCGCACGGCGGAUCUAUGGCUCAAGGACAAGCUCCACGACAAGGAGAGCAAGCGCGCCUACAGGAAGCCGCUGGAUUUCACGCUCAAGCCGGUGAGGAGGCCUGACAUCAAUCCCCUCCGGCCGGAUCUCCGGAUCCCGAUCGAGGAGGUACUUCCAUUCGAUGAGAAGGAUUCCACGGGGUUUGAGAUCCCGUCUUCGUGGAGGGAGCGGCUCAAGGAGAAGCACACCGCGGAUGGCAAGAAAUACAGGCUGGAGAAGGAGGAGGAGGUUGUGAUCGUGGAGAAGGAGCUGACGCCGGCGGAGAAGGAGCAAAUCUUGCUGGAGCAGGAGGGAUUUGUGGCCAAGAAGAGGCUGCGAUGGAGAGUAAGGGCCCGGUCACCUGAGGUGAUAGAACCAGAGCAGCGUCUUCUUGGGUCGGGUGUUGUGGUGAAGCCCAGGAGAUUUUUGGGUCCGCGGAUCGUCAGGGAGAGUGCGUGCUGCCAGUGUGAGACGUGCUUCAUGUCGAGUGAGAGCAGCAGGCUUGGAUGCAAGAGUCUAUUGAAUCAUCCGCUGGUCGUCAAAGGGAAGGCUUUUGCGUGAAAGAAGUAAAAGAAGUGGAAGAAGGAGAAGACAAAGGAAAAUCAGUUCUUCAGUGGUGGUUUGCUUCUAUAGGUUUUAGCUGGUAGAAGAAGUCGAGAAGCAUAAGAAGAACAAGAAGAAGAGGCGAGAAUGCGUUCUAACACUGCGUGAGUGAGGCUGAUAAUUCUUUCAGGACGUUCUCGCGAGCUUGCAAAGCAAAGAAAGGCCGGACAGUCGGGGAACGACACCGGGAUGGAUCAAAAGAGCUCUCGUCACAAAGCCACCCGGUCGAGCCGAAGGUUUAAGAGCGCCUGUGUCAAACAUCGGUGCAAAGCUUAACAAAACAGCCACUGGACUACGACUUUGACAGGCAUGAGCAAGUAUUCGAUGGCGAGGGUCGUCAAGUGACUGGGAUUUUAUUGAGACAGACAAAAGAAAGUGCGCAGUUUGCAGACUUGGAACUCUGCAAGCCAAUAUCGAGCUUCUUACGCAUCAGCGUUCCUCCGGAGUACAGUUCGGCAGCUAGGAUAAGUCCUGAGGAGCAGGAAACUGCGAUUGAAAAGGGAGGCCACGGUGCAUUCAAGGAUGAGAUUGUGGACAAGAAUGUGCUCUUGGAAUCAAUCAGACGAAUGAAUGAUCCGAGCCAAAUGAAACAGGAAGCCUCAGCUGUCCUCUGUCUGGGUGUUCUUUAUGACAAUGGCCAGGAUUACACUCGAGCUGUGGAGAACUACAAAAAGUUUUGCGAGCUCUGCCAAAAUACUGGCGAUGCCAAAGGGGAAGCAAUGGGGUACAACUUCAUAGCUUGUUCUCUGCAAGAAGACCAAGACAAGAAACUAAAGACUGAGAAAGUCGAGAAGGUCGGACCUAUGGGUGAGCUUGAAUUGUCUACGGAGGCCACCAUGCAAUAUGAGGAGGCACUCGCUUACCACGAACAGCAUGCGCAUCUGGCAGAUCUCGAAGGGAAAUAUAUGGCUUACACCAACGCUGGAAUCCUUCAUGCAGCGCUUGGAAAUUGGAUUGAAGCUGCCCGAAGCCACAGGAAAGCUUUGAAGUGUGCGACAUACAUGCGAAGACCAGAAUAUCAAAGCGUGGCAGUCGGCAACCUGGCCUACCUCUUACUGCGACGAAGAAAACUAGGAGCAUCGAGAUUGUGCACGAAAAGGUACUUGCAAAUCUGUGAAUCGCUCGGUUUCACCGAAGGCGAAGCCCGGGGGCACUACAUGCUCGGCCACAUUUUCACGCAGCAGAGGAAGCUAUCCGAGGCUGCCGAGGAGUUUAGAACCGCGGGCCGCAUCGCCAAGAGCAUCAACAACAUGGUGCUAGAACACGCGGCCAAAGUUCUCAUCGGCGUCUCCAAAGGCAAGCUCGAGUAUGGCAAGCUCGGCAUCGGUCCCUGCUAAAAGAAACAAAGACGAGGAGCACGCACGCCACGCACGGCCGAUGAUUACAAACGAUCCGGAGCGAUCCCAACCGCUCGCCGAUUCCACGCCGGAAUGUACAAUGUCGCAACGGAACGUGUACGACGGUGAUGGAUCCCCGUACGGCAGGGAGGAUAUCCCAAAUCCAAGGAGGGGAUUACCGUUGCGCGGCGGUGGCUGGCGGCCGUCGGAUGGGACGCUAUGGCGAGGGAGCGAUGAUUGAUAGCGACCGCAAGGUGGGCGUAAAAUAACCAAAGUUUAAUCUCGUGCAUUGUAUAUGGUACAAAAAUUUUAAUCACGAGUUACGGUGGUGUGAA